ACAAGUCAAACCAAGGACGCAGACACUUGAAAACGCUCGUCUGCUCCGUUAGAGUCAACCAUCAACAAACUAUGCCUGCAAUAGAGGUCGAAAAUGGAGUCGUGGACGAGGCACACCCGGAAAUAUUUGACCCACGAGCUAUGCCACCGCAACCCAAGGAAAAGAAACCGGGACAACAGCCUGAACACGUUAUAAAGGAAUACUUUGAAAAGGGUUAUUUGGUGUUACCAAACUUCUUCACGAAGGAAGAAAUGGAGCCGUGUCGCAAAACUACGGAAGAACUUGUGGAUAAUCUGGCGAAGAAACUAUUCGAGGCUGGUAAAAUUAAAAAUGCUUAUGAAAAUCUCGACCUUUUCCAUCGACUUACAAAACUUGAAGAAGAAUUCCCGGGAGCAAAUGUUAUCCUGCACAAGGUUCCAAACAUGCCUAUGGGUUACAGGAAGCUUUGGGCAAAUGAGCGUCUUUUGAACCUGAUGGAGCAGUUGAUUGGUCCAGACAUUGCGGGAAACCCUGUUUGGAAUCUCCGGACGAAGACACCCCAGAACGAGGCUACAACAGUUCCAUGGCAUCAAGAUUGUGGUUACCUUGACAACAAUUCGUACAAGAUGUUAGUCCCGACAGCCUGGGUACCUAUGCUCGAUGCCAACGAAGGGAAUGGUUGUUUGCAGAUGGCGGAGGGCGGUCACCGGAGCGGACGCGUGGCGCUUCAUCGGUGUUGCUGGGGCGGUACUUGGUAUGUGGAGCUGGAGCCAGAGGAAAUGAAAACUAAACUAGGCAUAAAUCUUGACCAGGACAUCAAAACCGUUCCAGUUCCUUACGGAGGUCUCGUGCUUUUUAAUAACCUCAUUCCCCAUCGGAGUCUUCCGAACAUGUCCGACAAUGUCCGAUGGUCGCUCGAUCUCCGUUGGCAGCGCUCCAGUGACCCAGAUGGACUCUGGGGCCUGAAGAAGCCUGUCGUGAUGAGGGUCAAAGACAAACCAGAUUUUGAGAUAGACUGGACAGAGUUUGACUCGGUUGAUCGGCACAGCCAGCAGAAGAAGAGUGUCGAAGGGGAUUUGGAGACCAAUGAAGACCCGGAGUUCGACACGACAUUACCAGGACCUUGGAUGAAGAAGUGGGAGAUCGUUCAUAUGAACAAACACACGGACAGACACAAGAGGGAUGAAGCUAUGAUUGCCUAAACCUCCCGUUUGGAUGCCUGAACCGCCCGUUUGAAUGUGUAUAUCGCCAGUUUGAAUGUCAAAACCGCCCUUUUGAAUGCCUGAGCCGCCCGUUUGAAUCGAAUACAGGACACUGCUUUGAGUUGAAGCAAAACGGAACCAAAGCCUUCUAUAUUUAAAUGUCGCUUGACACCUUCUGGCAUUUAACCGCAAUACUUUUUUAUUAAAUUGGCGCCUCCAUUAUCUUGUCUCCAAAAAGAAGAUUUAAAAAAAAAAGAAUUGACGCAGGGUACCCGUCUUACUUGAAGCUUGAUCAAGACCAUCUCAUUACUGACAUUAAUUUUCAUGGGCAUGAUGACUUUUAAAAGUAAAGAGAGUGUUCCAAAUGUGUUGGCUUGUAGCAAAUUUGAAGCAAAUGAGUGGAAUUGUAGCAAAUUAAGCAAAUGAGUUGAAUUGUAGCAAAUUUGUAGCAAAUGUGUUGAAUUGUAGCAAAUUUGAAGCAAAUGAGUUGAAUUGUAGCGAAUUUGUAGCAAAUGUGUUGAAUUGUAGCAAAUUUGAAGCAAAUGAGUUGAAUUGUAGCAAAUUUGAAGCAAAUGAGUUGAAUUGUAGCAAAUUUGUAGCAAAUGUGUUGAAUUGUAGCAAAUUUGAAGCAAAUGAGUUGAAUUGUAGCGAAUUUGUAAAAAAUGUGUUGACUUGCAGCAAAUGUGUAGCAAAUUGGUUGAAGCAUUUGAAUUUUAGUAAUUGUAUCAAUUGUGUUGAAUUGUAGAAUAUUAAUUUUGUGUUUUAAACUUAUAUAACGUACGCAAUAUGAUCGCGAAGCACGUUGACGCAUUUUUCUCGCGUUUGUUAAUACAAACCAUUAACUGGAAUUCCCUUUUGGUUAUGUAAUAAAAUUUACCGCAUUUCCAAAGUGUUAUAUAAUAAAAUUUAUCGGAUUU